AUGAACCCAUCAACCACCAUUGAUUCACUUGGAGUUUGGGAUGGCCAUGAUUGGCACUGGUUAAUUCCUUGGCGUCGCGAGUUGAGACCUCGGGAUAUAGAGGAAAAGGAAGCAAUGUUCAACUUGUUGAAAUCCGUCACUCUUGACGUCUCCAGAGAAGAUUAUCAGGAUUUGGUUCUCCUAAGAAUGUGUUGGUGGCUCAAGGCAUGGGAGGAUGACUUCCCAUACUCUCCAAAUGAGGUUAUCCACAAUCCAAAAUGUCUCAACUGGAAAAAGAGUGUGGCACCCCGAAUUUCAUCUCAGCAGCAUAUUCCUCAAAUAUGGUCUCCCCCAUCUAUUAAGACCCUAAUGUGGAAUGUGGAUGCCUCAUUUAAACCCCAUCUUGAUCAUGCUGCAGUAGGUGGAGUGCUUCGCAAUCCCAUGGGCAACUUUGUAUGUUUAUUCUCAAGUCCCAUCCCUCUCCUUGAGAUUAAUUAUGCCGAGGUAUUUGCAAUUUUUAGAGCUAUCAAAAUAUCUAUCAAUUCGGACAGAAUCAAAAAUCACCGCAUCAUCAUCAUCUCUGACUCUUCAAAUGCGGUUCAAUGGUGUAAUCAAGACUCUGGAGGGCCAUGGAAUCUGAGUUUCAUGUUGAAUUUUAUUCGCAAUGCAAGAAAACAAUGGCUCACACUAUCAAUUAUCCAUAAAGUGCGAGCUACAAAUGGGGUAGCAGAUUCCUUGGCUAAACAAGGAUUGUCAAGAAGAGACGAGUUUCUUGCAUGGCUUUAA